GUGUCAUGGCGGCUUGAGCUCACGGGAGUCGGAGAGGUGGCUGCGGGCUCCUCCCUGCGGAGCCGCGGGUCGGGCGGGCGGGGAUGUGACGGCGGGUCCUGCCAGCGUGCUUGGGGCGCUGCCACAGGUCCCGCGUCAGUGCCCUUCGCCCGCAGCGCGAUGGCGGGGUCCGGCUGUGCUUGGGGCGCUGAGCCGCCCCGGUUUCUGGAGGCCUUCGGGCGGCUGUGGCAGGUCCAGAGCCGCCUGGGCAGCGGUUCGUCGGCCUCGGUGUAUCGGGUGCGCUGCUGCGGUACCCCGGGCUCACCGCCCGGCGCCCUCAAGCAGUUCUUGCCGCCAGGAACCACCGGGGCUGCGGCCUCGGCCGCCGAGUAUGGGUUCCGCAAAGAGAGAGCGGCGCUGGAGCAGUUGCAGGGUCACCGGAACAUCGUGACUUUAUAUGGAGUCUUUACAAUCCACUUCUCCCCAAACGUACCAUCACGCUGCCUGCUGCUGGAGCUCCUGGAUGUCAGUGUUUCGGAACUGCUUUUGUACUCCAGUCACCAGGGCUGCUCCAUGUGGAUGAUACAGCAUUGCGCCAGGGAUGUUCUGGAAGCCCUUGCUUUCCUUCAUCAUGAGGGUUAUGUCCACGCAGACCUCAAACCCCGCAACAUACUGUGGAGUGCGGAGAAUGAAUGCUUCAAACUCAUUGACUUUGGACUUAGCUUCAAAGAAGGCAAUCAGGACGUGAAGUACAUACAGACAGACGGGUAUCGUGCUCCAGAAGCCGAACUACAGAAUUGUUUGGCCCAGGCUGGCCUGCAGAGCGAUACAGAGUGUACCUCAGCUGUUGAUCUGUGGAGCCUAGGAAUCAUUUUACUGGAAAUGUUCUCAGGAAUGAAACUGAAACACACAGUCAGAUCUCAGGAAUGGAAGGCAAACAGUUCUGCUAUUAUUGAUCACAUAUUUGCCAGCAAAGCAGUGGUGAAUGCCGCAAUUCCAGCUUAUCACCUAAGAGACCUUAUCAAAAGCAUGCUUCAUGAUGACCCAAGCAGAAGAAUUCCUGCUGAAAUGGCAUUGUGCAGUCCAUUCUUUAGCAUUCCUUUUGCCCCUCACAUCGAAGAUCUGGUGAUGCUGCCUACUCCAGUGCUAAGGCUGCUCAACGUGCUGGAUGACGAUUAUCUGGAGAACGAAGAGGAGUAUGAAGAUAUUGUGGAAGAUGUAAAAGAGGAAUGUCAGAAAUAUGGACCAGUGGUGUCUCUGCUUGUUCCAAAAGAGAAUCCUGGCAGAGGGCAAGUCUUUGUUGAGUAUGCCAAUGCUGGUGACUCCAAAGCCGCUCAGAAAUUGCUGACCGGAAGGAUGUUUGAUGGGAAGUUUGUCGUGGCUACAUUCUACCCACUGAGUGCCUACAAGAGGGGAUAUCUGUAUCAGACGUUGCUUUAAUCCGUAACCUAAGGACUACUUCCUGUUUCUGGAACUCUUCCAUUUCCUGGGUUAUACUACUCCACAGCUGAAUGCAAUAGUACCCCUUUACCAUUUUAAGGAGGUACUUUGUACAUUUAUUUAAUCCUUUGAAUAUGCAGCCAUUGUCCCAGCAGUGACUGCAUUGCAACAUUUGGCACUGAGUAGGAUAAGACCUCUCAGCUAUACAUUGAGGGGUUAGAGCAUCCAUGUGGGCAACCCUUUGUUUUCCUGUGCAGUAGGGCAAGUGCUGCUCCUCAAUAUGUAACCUGAAAUUUUAAUUAUUUCUUGUGAUCAUGAAACAAGGAUGAAUAAUACGUCAUAGUGAAUAUUAACAAAUUUGUUAGGGCUGGUACCAUCACUUAGAGAUUAUUUAAUGUUGUCAGGUGGUUCUUACAGUUCAUGUCUGUAGCUGGCACUGGAUGCUCUCAGUGAUGUUAAGUAAUUGUCAAGCAACAGUAACCUACUGUGUUCUUAAUACCCAGUUGUGAAUUUUUUUUAAAGGAGUACUGUAGUACUGAAUAUUCCUUUAAAGAAACUGCAGUGAGCCUAUCUACCUUUUUUUUUAAUGAAGCCUUUUAAAAUAGAAAGCUGAUGCUUGAUCUUGCACAAUUUUUAUGUCUCGUGUGUAAGUUUGAAUGAGUGUGCAGGUGUGGAAGUUGGAGAAAACGUGAGUCAGUAUACUUUACAGUGUGAGUCUUAAGUUAGUGCAGUCCAUAUUCAUCUCCUUCCUACCUGUUUUUUGUCUGUAACAUUUAGGGUGUUAUGUUUUUUUUUGAGAAUUGGUCUGUCUGCUAGAACAUGUAAAUGACGCAACAGUUCAUUCCUGAGAGGCUGAGAACAAGCUGGAGUCUAGACUGGGGUUGCAUCGAAACUCUCAGAAGUGAUUGGACCAGAAAAUCGAUGCUGCAUGUGGAUCAGCCCGUGCCCCAGUCCGCUUUCAGACUCUGUAUUGGCACAUACUCCUCAUCUGGAAUCUUCUGUUACAAUUGUGCGAUUUCGCAAAACGCACUUCAGCUUACCAUAAUGGGUAAUUACAGCGGAUCAAAAGGAAAGAAAAAAGAGAUACACAGUAAAGGGAAAAGGAAAAGAGGGGGGAAAUAGGGAUUCUUUUUUUUUUCUUCCCGUCUCUGGCUGUCAUCCAGCGUUAACCACUCACUUUUCCUGCCAGUUCUCUGCCUCUAUCCUAAGCUGAAGAGAAACGAGGGGAACCAUAUCCACCGUGGUAUGGCUUUAACUGUAAGGAGGUUAACGCAGGUACUUUUAGAAUAAAGGGGAAGUAAAAAGGAAGAAAAAGUCAAAGAAAUCUUAGAAGGAUUCAUAGCGAUCUAAGGUGUCACGAGCUCAUGGACAUAGAGUGAUCACAUUUAAGAAUUCUAGGCACGUAUUCUCUUAGUCUCUGGCAGAUUUUGUUUAAAAAUGUUACCAUUAGGAAACCUUGAUAAAGCACUGAUUAUACAGAAAAAGUACAAGGUAUAUUCAGGUUAUGAAUUUUUUCCUGUUUCAUUGUCUGAAUGGUAUUUCUAUUUAUUUUUUUCCUAAGGAAAAAGUCCUAUAUAUCUUUCCCUGCUGAAAGCCUCCUCAUAGAAUCUUUCCUUGUGUGUCACACAAGUCACCAAGAACCCAGCUAGAAUUUACCUCUUAGAGAAUGAAUGAAUGGUCUACGGCCACACCACCCUGAAUGUGCCGAUCUCAUCUGAUCUCAGAAGCUAAGCAGGGUUGGGCCUGGUUAGUACUUGGAUGGGAGAAUGAAUUAUUUAUCCUUUCCAUGAAGUCUCUGUUUAUCCUUUUUGAUAUUACUUACAGAUAGCCAAUUAUUUAGAAGUCUCCCUUAAUAUUUACUGUAAAGCCUGAUUCAGAAUAAGAAAGUUGAUUGAUGAAUUACCAAAGGAUCUCGUAGCAUGGUCCUCAAUUUGUGCCCGUAGAAGGAAGAACUACUAUUCUUUCUUUUGGAGCAUUCUGAGUUUGAUUAGUUGAUUUGCUUUCAAGUCAAGAUUCAAGUAUGUAGAAUCAGUUAUGGAGACCUAAGCGUUCCUGAAACGUAAGUAACAGCUUCUGUGGUGAUUAAAAACAUCAGGUCCUUACAGACAUAUUGGUGAAUACAGAGUACAAAUUAAUUUUUUAAGGGCAAAUAUUCUAAGUUAGCAUGUUUACCUUCCUCUACCCCACCCCCAAUUUCCUCUCCUCUCCUAUCCCAAAAUAGAAAUCCUUGCAAAUAAACUGCAGUUAGGCUUCUGAGCUUAGUCCUGCAGUGUGCUGCUAACAUUAAUGCUGAAAUUAACAGCAUUCUUUGAUCAUCUAAUUGCUGAUGUAUUCAUACAUAUAUGUAAUGUUUAACACUGUAGGAUUUUAAUAUAAAAGAUGCUAGCUAGAUGUUAAGGCAACUGAGGAA